AUGCUCCUCGGGAGCUCUUCAGGGUCAGAUCCCUGGCUGCUUCGUCACUUUCGAUUCGAUGAACUGGGCUUGCGAAGUUUCCACAAGUUGCAUGUCCGAAAUGCUGGUGGCGUGCCGACGGCAGACAAGAUACCGGUACACUUUCUGCUCAGCUCAGACGCUCUGUGUCGAAGUUCGACUGCCGAAGCAAAGGUCAUGGAGUUGCGUAGGAGACUGGACUGUUUGGUGCCGCAGUCCACAGGGGCUCGGCUUGUUCGUCUAUUUCACAAGUAUGUCUUUAAGAUGCUUCCCGUAGUCUCUCGGACGGCAAUAGGUUUGACAUCGGAGGAUGCUCUCCCUCAACCAGACAUCCUAACACAAACAUCGACGCAUCUUUUGGCCGCUCUGUAUAGCUCGGCUAUCCCGUUCGCCCACCAAGACGAUCAUCUGGUAGGCCUUUUGGCUUGUGACCACAUCAGCCUGGACGAAGUCUGGGAGAUAUGUUAUGCAAGCAUGAAUGAGGAAAUUUGCAAGCCCCAUCUGCAUGUUCUUCAAGCUGCAAUCUUGUAUCUUCACAGGAACCAUGAGAGCCCGCGGCAGUCUGCUUCUACGGAUACGGCGUCUAUUUGGCCGUUCAUGGGAACAGUUGUGGGACUAGCACAUAAUCUAGGCCUACAUUUGGAAUGCCGUAUGAUGGGUCUUCCUGCUCAGGAGAAGCGACUCCGCCGAAGACUGUGGUGGGCAGUCUUCAUACAAGACAAGUUCCUCUCUCUGCAUACAGGACGGCCUCCUUACAUUCGGAACGAUGAAUGGGAUGUCGGCGAGCUUGACAACUUUGACUUUCUACCAUGGAACGAGACGGAUGCUCCGAAGGCAUCUCCAUUUCGGGACCUGGCCAGACUAUCACUGAUCGCAGAGAGACUACAAGCGGACUUAUACUCUUUGAAGUCGUGCCAGAUAUUGGCGGAGAAUCUACCAGAUUGUAUUCAAGCUGCGCGGCCAAUAUUCGAUGCCUUACAUCAAUGGCGGGCCUCCGUCCCGAUACCAGAGACAUUUCCUGAGUCAAGAAUCUCACUGAACGAGAAUCAGGAUCCGUACCCUGCUUGCAUCUCACUCGCGUACCUUUCGUUGAUAGCGUAUACGUGGCGAGCAUUGCUUCGGCCCACAGUCCGAUCCGCCCCUCCCCCGCAGAUCAUCGAUGUCGACGCCGAGCCUCAGACCUUUCCAGAUACAGGGUUUUUGUUUGAGAACCUCAGCUGGAAUUUCUCUGAUUUCCCAGAGCUGGAAUCACAGCUCGAGGACGGCGCUUCAGAUUCGAGUGCAACGAUCAAUGAGCUAUAUCAAGCGGCACAGACUUGGGCAGAAGCCCUAGUCAAGUUUACAGUCUGUCUAACCUCCAGCGACUUUGGUCAAUUUUGGUACUUAUGGUCUAAAUUCAGUCUAGUAGUGGCCUCCAAUUUCUUCAUGUUGUUACUCGUUCAGGCCCCUAAUGCUGAAAGCGGCGCGCGAGCCAGAGAAUUACUUCAGAAAUGGCGUCAGGUUGUUAGAGAUCAUGCCAAGGUCUCUCCACUGUUCCUCUUAACUGCAACAGAGCUGGGCCAGGUCUAUCAAACAGGAAUUGCCGAAACGUUUUGUCUACCUUCUCAUGUACUAGGCAUCUUGUAA